AUGGUAGGAUUUCCCAAAACAAAGGCCUCUGUUGAAAAGCUGCUCGACUUACUUCGAUGCGACAAUUGUUCCCGAACUCUACACGAACCCUUUACCACUGGAGUAUGCUCGCACACACUUUGCUUGGAAUGCUGUAGCACCAGUGUUGCUCCCGCUGGAAGUCGAUCGAAGAAACACGCAGGAAUCAGUAACAUCUGUCCUCUUUGCUAUAUUCCCAUUCGUCCUUGUGAUAUUAAACCUCAUCCCCAGCUUCACAAUCUUGUGCUUGUUGCUCGAAGGCUUGCAAAACUCCUUGGGAACAAGGAGUCUACUCCAUCGUCAGGUCUAAAUAUCGAGUCCAAAGAUGAAGAUCCACACGAUAGUCUUGAAUUUUUGAGUUCCGUCGAUUACCAUCACUUUGAAAGCCCAUCACCUUCACUUGCCCAAAAAGUCCACUUGAGGUCAUUAGACUCAUCAAACAAUUCCCCUACAGUUACUGCAUUGUCUCCUGUCGAGUGCACUGCCAGCCCGUCACUUCUACCCGUUGUUGUGCUGACUAGAUGCAUUGAGGAUGUUGAGAAUGUGGUGCCUGUGGAGUCCAUGCCGCCACCGCCAGCCCCUCCUGCCAAAAAAUCCUCGAGAAGAGGGAGUGUUACUGCUCGUAAACCCUCGGAAAAAUCUGCAAAGAAAUCAGCAGGGGCAACACCAGAAUCGAAGGUAGAAACAAGAGCAAAGGCACCUCUAGCCUCGCCGGAGCAGUCGGGAAUGGCUGAGACUUUGGCCGUUUCUCUUCCCAUACCCGCUUCACCACUGAAACGGGGCACCUCUGCCGACAGCAGCGACGGCGGAGACAGUGAAGCUCGUAGGUCCGCCUCCAGGUGCAGAGGCAAAGGUAGCAGUGUUGGAGGCGGUGGAGAAGUCGAGCUAAGGCUGAACAGCAAGGGAGAGAGCGUCCUACACCGCGCGGCCAUUAAGAACAACGUGUCAGAGUUGAAGCGCCUCCUGACCGCUGGACUCUCGCCCAAUGCACGCGAUCACGCUGGCUGGACACCGCUGCACGAGGCUGCGCUGCGUGGACAUGCCGAAGCAGUGGAAUGCCUUCUCACUGACGGUCACGCCACAGUUGACAUACCGGGUGGCCCAGACCUUGAAACAGCCCUCCACGAAGCUGUGUUCAACCGUCAGGUGGACAUAGUUCGUCUUCUGCUGCGUCACAAUGCCAAUCCCACGUUUGCCAACGGCCAGGGUGUCACACCACUACAGAUAUGUGCCCAGCACCUCAGUGAGGCAAGCCAGAAUGUCCUCAUUACCAAAAAGACUCGCAAAGGGCGGCGAUUAAAGCGGCAGAACUCUUUCGAGGCUCUGAAGGACAUCCAGACCAUCCAAGAGCUCCUUACUGUGGCAACGGCGAAAACUUCAGAGUUGGGAAAGGAGAUGACGACUGCGUCUGACCAGGCCGCUUCAGCCCUCUUUAUUGAAAGGAGACGCCUUAGACCUCUUCUCUUGGGUACGGGUUUGAAUCGGAACCAGAAGAACGUAAUGACCAGGGUGGCGACCUUAAUCCACGCUAGAGUUGCUAUGACCAUGUCGGCGGAGGUGACUCAUCUCAUCACGGGUGCACAACUUAUCGCAAAGAGAGGAGAGAAGCAGCAAAAGAAGAAGAGGAAGAAGGGGGAAAAGGUUUCGGAGGCUGCAGGAGAAGGAGAAGUCACUUGUCCGAGGACGCUCAAAUUCCUCAACGCCGUGUUGCAGGGCUGUUGGGUACUCUCUUUCGAGUGGAUCGAGACGUGUGCUGCUUUGAAGAUGCGGGUGGAGGAGGAGGCCUUCGAGGUGACUGGGUGUAGCACCGCACCCAACACCCAUGCCUCAAGACGCGCUAGACGGGCUCGUGAGGCGGGCUCUGCUGGGCUCUUCCACGGCUACCGAUUCUGCCUCCUUGGCAGCUUCGCCUACCCAACACCGGACCGAGCCGACCUCUGCAACCUUUUAACAUGCGGUGGUGCGAACAUCUUCUCUCGUGAUGUCACAUCGCCUUCUCGUCUGGCCUACAUUGCAGUAGACGACCCAGUCAUCGCCGAGGUAUGGAUGGUGCAGCAAGAGUACCCAACAACCACCAUCCCUGUUCUCUCUCUCGAAUGCCCCUGGAUCAUGCCUGACCGUCCCCAAUCCAUCGUCAAUCAGUUGAACAGAUACUUAAGUGUGAGAGCCUGGAGAGCCAUGUUUGUGGGAGUGUUUCGAGUUCCUGGAACUCAAACCCAUCUCCACAUGUCUUGGCCUGGGGAAAAGUGA